AUGCUGACGGAUGAACAUAGAGAGGAGCUCAACGAUAAAGGGUUCACAGUGAUCAACGGGGUGUUGCCGAGUUCUGAAUGUGACGAUUAUGUCGCCGAAUACAGAGAAUGGCUAGCUCAGUUCAAAGAUGGUGACUGGCCCAGAAGUAAGUCAUCUUUGAUCAACCAGUACAAUACCGGAAAUUUCGAAACGACUUGGAAGAUUCGCUUGAAAACCAAAUCUGUAUUUGCUCAACUCUGGAACACAGACAAACUAUUGUCAAGUGUUGAUGCCAUUGCUAUAGGACGACCACCAGAAGAUGGAAAAGAGGAGUUUGAGUCACCAGGACAACACUGGCUGCACACUGACCAAUCAGCGAAAAGAAAAGGACUCCACGCCUACCAAGGAGGCGUGUACCUCGAAACAACAGAUGAAGAUGAUUGGACGUUUCAUUUAAUGGAAGGUUCUCACAAGUAUCUUGAUGAAUUUUAUAAACUCAACAAAAAGCAGGCAUUUAAAAGUUCAAUUAACGAAUAUUAUCACUUACGAGAUGAAGACUUCGAAUGGUUCAAAGAUAAGGGAUGCAAAACGAUUCGACUUCCGGUGCCAAAAGGAGGAAUGGUUUUAUGGGAUUCCAGGCUGGUCCAUGCUAAUGCCAGACCCUUGAGAAACCGAAAUAAUCCAGGGAGAUGGCGUUUCACAAUUUUCAUUUGUAUGACACCAGCAAUAUGGGCAACAAAAGACGAUUACGAGAAAAGGAAAGUGGCCUAUGAAUGUGGAUGUAUGACUACGCACUGGCCCUCCGGAGGGGUCCGUUUUUAUGUCUCAAAACCACCUCCUUCGUUUUCAGAUUAUCAAAUUAAAUAUCCUAAAGAUCUGCCACCGAAUGCCAAAACAAAUGAUGCAAAAAUGUUGUCGGGAUACAAGCAAUAUGACUUCAGUGACGGACAGUCAAAUGGACCAGACUACACCCCAGAGAUAGAGAAGAUGUAUGAUUUUGACGUUAGUGAGGAUGUGUCUCUCACUAAAGAACUUGCAUCGUCGCUACAGAAAAUAAGUGUUAAGCACUUUUUUUAUGCUGCAGGAUUAUCCUUCUUCUUGUUCGUAGUCCUGAAAUAUGCAGAGCAAAUAUUUUUGUUGUAAAGUUGUCUCUCUCGCGUCACGUUCUGACUUACACAUGUAAGUUUUAGACUGAGUUAAGAAAAAUAUAUUAAAAAAAAUAUUUUUAUGUAAGACCUAGUAUGAUAAAACUAAUUGAACUGCUUAAUUCGGACGGACUCAGAAAUUAUACUUAAAAAGCUCGGGAAAUUUCUGUUUGAAUGUUUUAAAGACGGAAAAUUCU